AUGUCAGCUCCGCGGACCAAGCGUCAAUUCGCCGGAUCUGCCAGUGAUCCCGCUCAGAGGCAGAUCACCUCCUUCUUCUCAUCCAGUGCCUCUCCCAGCAGCUCGACAUCUGCCCCUAGCGAGACUUCGCUUUCUUCUAGACCUGUCUUGCCUGCAGACACCCAGUCCCACCUCCUCAACGUUGGCAUGCGAGUCCGCAAAUCUGUUCCCGAGGGCUACAAGACCGGUACCUACAGCGCCUUCAAUCUCUGGUCCGAUAACGACGUUACGAGCAUGAACGGUAUCGCCCUUGCUCCUCCACCGCUCAGCCGAGCACCCUCAUCCACCACCGGCCAGCGGGAGCUCCUGCCAUUCUGCGGUAUCAACAAAGUCGGCGGCCUAUCCUCACAGCCCGCUUCUGAUCCCGCUGCGCCAACCGUCCCAGUCCCGCGCCUGCACUUGGGCUCGGUGCCCAGCAUCGAUGAAGUCCCGUCCCUGACCAGCAGCCAAGGCUCGAUCGACAGCAACUCAAGCCAGCCCGCCCUGACAAUCAACACGGCGCCCGGCGCAAGCCGCAAACGGGUCUACAGCGAAGACGAGGACAGCGACACGCCAUCCGUCACCGACUCCCUGCAGGUCCCUGGCGGGGCGUGGAUGGACGGGGAGGUCAGCCCGCGAAGCCUGGUGCCUGUGGGAUGGGACAACACCAACACCCGGAUCAUGGCGAUUCCAAAGAAGAAUCGCCGUAAUCACAAGGCGCGGCCCGGCACCGUUCCUUCUAUGGACGUCGCUGGUGUCGGAGGUGGAGCUGUCAUGCCAUUGCGUCUGGACCAUCUGGGACAGGAGAACAUGGCUGUCGACGGAGAUUUUCAGGAGGCAGAGUUUUUGGAUUACAAGGCACUCGCACACGAUGCCAUGGAGAUCUGA